AUGGUAGCGGCUCUGUCGGGAGCGCCGCGCGGCUCUCAGGGGCCGCUCCGCGUGUCCUUUCGGGCUCUGCUGUGCUUCGCCUGCCUCCCUCUUCUGGUGCGGGAAUGCGGCGGACGGCCCAAGAGCGACGUCGUGGCCUUGACUGACGAGAAUUUUGACGAGAAGACGUCCGAAGGGGCCUGGUUCGUGGAAGUUUUCGCGCCAUGGUGCUCACACUGCCGCAAAGUCGAGGAGGUGUGGCAAGGCCUUGCCACAAGAUUAAAGAAAGAAGGUAUAAACGUUGGCAAGAUUGAUGGCACCAGGGAGAGUGGUCUCAUGAGUCGAUUUGAGGUGCAGGGGUUUCCAAUGUUCUUCCACUUGGCAAAUGGCGAGUGCCGAGAGUAUGAUGGGGACAGGAGUGAGGAAAUGUUCUAUGAGUUUGCAACAGAUGGAUGGAAAAAGGAAGCCCCCUGGCCUUUCUACAAAGCCCCAAACAGUCCGGUUGGCCGAAGGCUGGGCUCUGUGAAGAGGUGGUUUUCUGGUGUGCUGAUUCGCCUACGAGAAGUCUACCACUGGCUGCACACUGACAUGGGCCUGUCAGAGUUGUGCAUAUUGGUCGUCACUCUGAGCGUUCCUGUUGCCUUGGGGCUCAGCUGCAUUUGCGUUUUGGACUUUGUGAACACUCGCCGUUCCGCAGUCCCAGAUUUUGGCGCGGCCCGGCCCCAUACAGACUAA